AUGGCAGACCCCGCGUCGCCGCCGAGCUCCGACUCGCUGUCGCUGCCCGGCGCGUCGCCGCUGCCAAUGUCCCCGGCACAAACAGUACAGGGCACACCGCCACCGGGAUCCCCGCAGGACACUUUUGGGCCCAACACACCAAACGUCCCCGCCGGAGCACAUCACAGUUCACCAUCGACUGCUGGACCCGGUCCUAGCACGGUUGCUGCUGCUGCUGCCGCUGCCGCUACCGUGUCGUCAUCAACAUCACGGCCAGGCGGUGGUGGUGGUAGUGGCCCACAACAACUAGCCGGGUUGGCAGGCCUGGCACGCCUCGCAGGGUUUUCGCGUGACUCCCCUCCCGGGAGCCCUAUCGAAUCCGAAGGGCCAGAAAGCUCACUUGGCCACUCGCUCGGCCACACCAGCGGCUGGGCAGCGUCAGAACGUUCAUAUGACGAACGCUCGGGACGCUCGAGCUGGCGGUUCGAGUCUGCUGGCUCUGCCGCAGCUCAGUUUUCAGUUGCACGCAAACAGCGCAUCUCAGCCAACCCGCCACUCCCAGACAAACCAUACAAACCACCACCCGUCCCGCCCCUGUCGCCAAACACCAUCGCCGCCGCCCAAGCGCUGCAACCGCCAGCGCCAUCCUUCUCGUCAUCGCCAUGGGGCAGCCCCGGCAGUGCAUCGUCGUUGGGCAGGAAGAAGGCUGCACAGGCGCGGGAGAUUGAGCGGUCGCUUGCAUUCGACGAGCAAGACGAUGAUGACGAACACCGAUCGCUGUCUCUCGCUUCAGCGUCCACGCGCGGAACGGGCUCCACCGACCUUCCGCCGCUCCCCAGCAAGGACAUUCCCCGGUACCCCUUCCUCGCACAGGACCCAGCGCUCAUCCGGUCCGACUCGCCCAGCAGUCUCCGGGGAGCUGGAGCCGCAGCAGCAGCAGCAGCAGCUGCUGCUGCUGCUGGUGGCUCCACCUACACCAGUCUGCCAGUCCGGAGGCACAGUGGCGCCAGUGCAGCCGCAUCCGAGCCGGCCAACCCUCCUCGUCCGAAACACCUUUCGGUUCAGAGCACUUACUCCGAGUCGUAUGCGCUCGGCGGCGGUCUGGACACGCCUGAUUCAAGCGGCCGACGCGGAUGGAACGUCUUCGCCGGCGGCCCGCCACCUGCAUGGGGCCGGCGCGACAGCCAACGGUCGGUCAAGUCUGCAAAGUCUGGGCGGUCGUCCAAAUCCCUGCGCCGCAGACGGUCCAAACACGCGUCACUCGCGUUCGCAGCCAACGAAGGCGACGAAUGGGUCAAUGAAGACGACGCAGACUUGCUCGUGCUGGUCCGUCGGGCCGCGGUGCUCGAGCGUCUGCUGCGCGCCGGCAAGCGCGCAUCCGGGGCCACGGGAAACAAGCGCUUCAGCACGUUCAGCACGAGCACGCGGUAUGGCGGGUCAAACAUGAGUCGGCACGGCACAUCGGCGACAUCACGCGCCGGCGGCGGCGGCGCCGGAGGCGUCGGCGUCCCGCACGGCUCCCAGUCGCCGCCACCGCCGAGCUCGAGCACGAGCCACAACCGCAGGUCAGCACAGAGUACCGGUCCCAACUCUAUCAGGGCGCGCCUGGCACGACGCUUUGCACGCAACCGGGAACGUCCCUUUGCCGGACUGGGUUCAGAGGCCAGCGGUGACUCGCCGCCACACCGUCAUGGCGACCUUGACGACAGUGGGGAUGAGGACGAGGGCGGCGGCGGCGGCGGGCGUGUCGACCUCGGUUCAGAGCAAUACCACGAGUCACUCACCUCGCAUGCUUCGCGCGCCCCGACACCGCCCCGCCGUGCCGUUUCCACAUCGCUCACUCGCGACCAGCGCGAGCCCACACCCCCAGGUGUCGGCACUGGUGUCAUUGUGUUUCCCGAGCUGGCUGCGCUGCCGCCUCUGGAACCCGUCAACCGCAAUGGCGACCUGUGUGCGCAGUCUUGCCUCUCCCCAUCCCAGGCGAUCCCGUACAACCCACUGCCACCACCCCCGCCGGCCAGCCACGGAACGGGCCUGUCGUCGCGCUCGCUCCACUCGCUGCGCAACCUUCGUUGGCUGGACGAAAAGCACCCCUCGGCAUUCUUCUCGUCGUCGCCUUCUGUCCAGCCGCGCGAGAGCCGCAACUUGAGCGUGCUCUGGGGUGACGUGCCGUACUGCGACGAACACAUCCGACCAAAGUCGGCGCGCAAAUGCAAGUUCAUCGUCGCGUUUGCGUGUAUUGUCGGCAUCAUCCUGAUCGUCGGCCUGCUGGCUGGCCUGCUCGCCCGCCGCCGGUCGCAGCUUACGUCGUCGUAG